GCAACAAAAACAAACCCGCAUGAAGAUACUUAGAGAUAAGCAAGCUGCAUUUUAAAAGCAUUUCCAUCCGUUGUCCUGUCAACCGCUCCAGUCUGGCACCGUCAUCUCCGGGUUCGUGAUGGCGGUGGAUUUGACUCCGAGGUUCAGGAGGCUGAACAGCCAAACUAGAGGUUUUAGAGAAAACCAACACCAAACAGGUGUGACAGGGCCAUUCAGGGCAACACAGCUCUGGCGAAACAUUAUUGGGGCCUUACAGACACAGGUUGAGGUCAAGCGUCGCCGCCAGCACUUGCGAGUGCACCGAGAGUGCUUCACUGGCUCUGAUGCCGUCGAUGUGGUGCUCAGCCAUCUCAUGCAGAACAUCUAUUUCUGCUCCAGUGAGGUGUCCCGCCUCAAGGCUGCAAGGCUUUGUCAGGCUCUCAUGGACGCACGAGUGUUUGAACCUGUUGGAAUGAAGCUCUUUCGCAGGGAGAAGGAGAUGGCCUUUGAGGACUCCAGCUGCAGCCUGUACCACUUUCUGGACUGUGAUGCCCUUCCUGGAUCAGCCAAGGGUGGCAAUAUGGAGAACGUAACACCAGUGAAAGAAAACGGAAAGAAAAAGAAGGGGUCCAGGUUUGAUGGUGUGAGAACCAUCUCUAACCCCUUGGCACAUGGAUCCUCAGACAGAAGGGUGGAGAGAAUACUGCAAACAAUUAACCUCCAGCCAUCCAUGCCCUCUGGCCUAAAUCGUGCUGGCUUAUCCUCCAGUUACCUCUCAAAGAAAGUGGUACAGGAAGUGUGGAAACAGCAGACUCUCCUCCAGCUGCUACAGUUAGUGGAGUUACCCGUGCUGGACUGCAUUCUGACCUCACCAGCAAAACCUGAGCCGCUUCGCAUGCCCGUGCAUCGUAACCACGAAGACUUGGUCAUCUCCAACACCUGCGUGGACCGGGAGGUGUCUCAGGUCCUCAACCUGCCAGAAAUGGACUCAUGGCUGAUGGCGGCUGUGGACUGUCUGGAGCUGUUCCCAGAUCAACUGAUAGUAGCGACAGGAGAGCAGCUUCUCCAAGAAGGUGCUAUAGAGGGUGAAGAGAGGCUUGGAGUCCAGAAGAAGCUACUGUUUGACACCAUAUCCAAGUACUACAGCAGUCAAGAGAGAAUGCCCUUACUGGCCGGACGUUACAUGGACAUCCACGCAGGCAUCCUUAAACUGUUAGACUGUGGGAGGAGUGAGGAUGCUCUGAGAGCAUCUCAGCUCUGUCUGCGUCUGUUGGACACCAGCUCUAGAGAUGAGCUGCGCAGACUGCUAACCUUCAUGGCUGAAGCUGCAGACUCCAAGGCCUUCAAACUGCACAGACAGACAGAGAACAGGGCCUUGGUCAGCAGGAUGUUUGUGAAGGCUGUGCUUCAGAGUAAAGAUGUUGGCCGCGCACAGUGCGAGCAGCUGUUAUUGUUUCUCAUGGACAACCAUGUAGACCUGUUCAAGACACCAGUGUCCCUAAUUGAAGCGGUGAGGAAGGCCCUUCAAACCUUGCAGCAAGGGAGGGAUCCAGAUAACAUAGCCUUGUUCGUGUUCUGUCAGCAGGUGUCGAUGAAGCAGUAUGAGGAGCAGCGAGAAAAGGCCACCUUUGACAGCUUAAAGGAGCUUAUUGACAAUAUUACCCUCAGUAACGACCUGUCUGCCAAAGAGAGGAGGCGACUCAUCAAGGCGUUCCAGAAACACCACCCAGCAGUGUUUCUCCAGCAUUUCUCUUCCACCUUCUAGAGAUAUAGCGGGUACUUUGUCUGUUAGUAAACAUACUGUUGUAUUCAACAUAUUGAACUCCCCUGGUCAAAUGACGUUUUGUUGAUUUUCUAAGUGAAAAUUAGUGAACACGUCCUUUACAGAUAACACACUUAAAUAAGGCAUUUUUUUGCAGAUGCUUGUGCACAAUUUUAUUUAUUUGCUGGGUUUAACAUAUUGAAAAAAUGAAAAGAUAAAAUGUAAAUGUGCCAUGUUUUUUUUAUUAAAUUUUAUUCCCCCUAUAUGUUAAAUUCAGCAAAGAAACAUAUUUGAAAAGUAUUUGCAUUAAAUGUGCAGCACUUUGUCCUCUCUGGAGGAUGUGUGCUUAUUUUAAAAUCAACAGAAUGCAUAAUUCGACCAGAGCCCAACGAUUUUUUGACAAGACAGUAGACAUUUUUGCAUUUGUGCUUGUCAGAACCGUAGCUGUAGGUAUUAGCAGUAUGUAAUGUGCAGGUACUUUUGAGCUGCUGUAUGUACUUACAGGAAAAGGUAAGGGCUGACAAAGCGAAAUUAACAAACAACGUAGCCUCGUGACACUAAAUGAUUCAUUGAUAGUUUGCACAUCAACGCUGUCAUAUCAAUAUCUGAUAACCCCAUUAUUUUUUGGUUAUACCAAAAAAAUAUUUUUUUUGGAAAUAAUAGCUUUACAUUGUGACUGUAUGUGAGUGAAACACUAGCUCUGUUUUAACAGAAGUUCAUCAGCCAAGCCAUGAUAAUUUGUCUACUUCACUUAAUCUGAUUUGCUGUACAUAUUGAAUCGUUUUCAAUUUCUAGUCUGAACUGAGAAUGACUUGAAGUAAUAAAUACAUAUAGUAUUUGAAGUAUAAUUACAGAUAGUCAGGAGAGUUACUAAAAUUGCUAAAAAUUUUUGCUAUGUUUCAUUAAUGUAGUCGACUCAGGUUCUGUUAGAUGGUCGUAGAUCCACUGGAUGCUGAAUAUGACUUGAAAUUAAUGAUCUCUUCUGAUCUGUGCAGGUUUUGGGGAAAUAUGUGAUGAUUCCUAACAUAGAAAGGGAUGUCUAUUAUGAAAUGUAGCACAAUAAUAACAAAUAAUUUAAUUCACCUGUUGAGAACACUAGUGUUUUGAAAAUGUAACAAAAUAAUUUUAUAGUUUUGAAUGAAAAAAUGAAUGUGUUAUUGUAGUGCUUAACAUGAACUGGAUUACCUGUGAUUAUAGGUUUUUUAAAAAUGUAGUGCUUAUUGAGAGGUGUACAAAUCACCACAUACCAACAUUUUUAUUUCUUGCUCAUUUAGAAGCACUUUAUGUUUUGAUUUCUAACACUGUUAUACAAAGUGAGUCACCACUGUUUUUGUAGCUGUACUGAUGCACUAUUUUGACCUGUUGUUGCUGAAGUAAAAUUGAGUUGUCGCUAA